AUGGACGGUCCACCACCGCCGCCGCCGCCGCAUGGCGAAAAUCCCCAUACGACUGAAGGCGAAUAUCGCAAAUCCUCGGACCUCCCGGAUGGCAAUUACGAUAUUUUCAUCGUCCCACCUCACUCCGCUGGCGCGGGCUUCCUCUACCUUCCGUCGCUGCAGUGCAACCGAAACAGUUUCCUAGCGGGCGUCGCUAGCACACUUCUCGCAUGUUUCGUGUGGUCGUACAUAUCCCCCAUUGUGAAGGCAUGGUACCUAGCCACGGUCGCUAGUGGCAGUGGUACGGGUAUGGCGGUACUUGCAAUUGGGGUGGGUGUCGCUGGAUGGCUUUUUGGCUCGGCUCAGUCUGGCAGCUCGGGAGACAAUAAUGGCGGUGCUCGAGGUGGGAGGUUCGGAUUUGGUGGCUUUGGUGGUGGUUCUGGGGGUUCUAGAGGCCCGGGUGGUCCUAGGAACGCCGGUCCAAACACCAACCAACAGUCGUCUGGUGCUAACUAUGGCGGCAACGGGGCGGGUCAGCAAAGACAGCAGGGAGGAAACUUUGGUGGAGGACAAAACCACGGCAACCAAUAUUCCGGUAAUCAACAUGGCUCUGGUCCUCCUCCAAACUCUGAUAAUAACAAACGUGAAAAGGAGGAGGCUGAAAAGCGCGCCAAAGAAGAGCGAGCUAAGGAGGAGCGGGCUAAGGAGGAGCGGGCUAAGGAAGAACGAGCUCGGGAGCAGCGUGCUAAGGAGGAGCGAGCCAAGGAGGAACGAGCCAAGGAAGAACGAGCUAAGGAGGAACGAGCUCGGGAGCAGCGUGCUAGGGAAGAGCGUGCUCGAGAAGAGCGUGUUAGAGAAGAGCGCGUUAGAGAAGAACGAGCUAAGCAAGAGCGAGCCAGGGAGGAGCGCGCUAAGGAAGAGCGUGCCAAGGAGGAACGUCUCAAGGAGGAGCGCGCUAGAGAGGAGCGGGCUAGGGAACGGGCCAAAGAAGAAGCCGAACGAGAGCGAGCAAGAGAAGAAACGAGGCGCAAAGAGGAGCUACGUCGAAAGAUGGAGGAGUUCAAGCGCAAGCGUGAUGCAGAGGCCAAAGAGAAAGAGAAACAGCGCGAGCGCGAAGCAAUGGAAAAAGAACUACAGGAACGCCGUGAGCAGCUCGAAAAGGAAAUGGCCGCUGCAAGGGCCGCUGCAGAGAAGGAGGCACGCGAUCGACUGGAGAAGGAAGCCGCAGAGGCCCGCGAGAGACAGGCAAAGGCCGAAGCUGAGGUGAAGGCGAAGGCCGAAAGGCUGGAAGCGGAAGCCAAAGAGAAGGCCGCGAAAGAAGCUGCCGAGAAAGAAGCUGCCGCAAAGGCCGCCGCCCAGAAAGAAGCCAUGGCCAGAUUUGCGGCCCUCAAGGAAGCAGCAAGCAAGAAAUACGCCGAGAAGAAGGCGCAAGACGCGAAGAAAGAGGCCGCUGCCAAAUCACCACCGCCUAAGCCAGCCAGUACUAGCAAUGUGCCUCGCACACCUUCUCCCAAGAAACCACCGCCCUACCCAACCGCCAAAACUGCCAACGAAGACGAUGCAUACUCCUUUCGCCCCUACGACCGACCACGGCGGCCAUAUGCGGCUGGCACAUCGGUGUACUCCGAGUCUUCAUAUACUCCUUCUCACUCUACUGCGCGCACAACACCUCCCCCCUCACAUCGCAGUACAUACUCCACGAAGGAUCCAGAUAAGAUCGUGAUCCAAGGUGUAUACGCUUUCAACAAUGCCUUUAUGAAGACCCCAGUGGCGCAACUUGUAUCAGGCCAGGGCAUGGUCACCGAUGGGCUGGUGCUGCGCAUCACAACCGAAGGUCUCUUCAUUGACGAUGACCUACGCGGUAUCGGCCAACGUGAGUGGGACGUCAAGGCAUGGACCCUCAAGCUAGCGGAGGUGUGGUGCCCACAGGUAAACGCUACUCAAUCCGCCAAAGCUGGGUCCAGCAACCCUUUCUCUUUCCGUCGUGGGAACAACGUUCCCACCAACGAAGAAUCAGAGGCCUUUCUUGGCAACUUGCUCAAAGUAUGCAAGAACACUUGCCGUCUGGCUUCGCCCAGUACGUGCUUCGCGCGCAGUGCGACUGCCAGCCAUGACGGUGGUCCUGUUCACCCGCCCCAGGCGGAGUCCCGUGGUUUGCAUGUUCUCCGUGCUAGUGUUCGUGACCAAGAAGGCAAAAAGUAUGUCUUUGUGUUGCAGGAUACUGAGGCCUGGAAGGUCGCCAUUGGUCUCCAGCGGCUCCGGGCUGGUGCUCUGGUCCGCGCGCUGGGUGUCUCCGCUCUUCCGGUCCCUGAAUGCAAAACUAUGCUCAGUGCUCUCGGUUAUGUUUGA